ACUGCGCUCCGCACGGCGGCUGCGUCCAUUCCGUCUGCCCGGGGGAUUCUUACACCUGCGUCUGGAGAAAACUUUGACUCUUAGAAACUCCACAAAACACACAGAGGGGGAGAAUAUCAACUUUCCAUCAUAAAGUUUUUUUUUUUUUUUUUAUGCGUCCCCGGAUCGGAGUGUUCCGGCCCGCGGUGUUUCCAGGAGCGGGGAGAGAGAGCGAGGUUACCCGGGAAUCAGAGCCCCUCGGCCGGUCACACACCUCCAGGACAACCGCUGAAGCGGUUUGAAGAUGGCGGUGGUCUUCCUCCUGAUCGGCCUGCUCUCUAUAGCGUCCGCUGAGAACGACCUGUUCCUGAACUUCUGCGGGACGUGGCGUCACGGCGGCGGCGAGCUGAGCCUGAACGUCAGCGUCUUCCCGGGCUGCGCCGGCCUGUCCGUGUCGGCCGACCGCCGCUCGCUGUCCGUCCGGGGCCGGAUCACCGGGCGCUGCUCCAGGGACGACGUGCUGCCCCUCCAGUCGUUGGGCCUGCGGUCGGACGGGGACUCGCCCUUCUGCGUGUUCUGGGAGCCGCUGCUGGACACGCUCAUUCUACAGAUCGGAGGUAAAAACCUGACUCUGUGCUGGCCGGCCCGUCCCAGAGACUCCUGCUGUACCGAUCUGACUUACGGCUCCAACAUGCCUGAGGCAGAGUACGGCAUCGAGAACGCGAAGAUCCGGGGAGAUCUAGUCGUCAGUCAGACACGCACGGCCUACAACUUCUAUGGAGAGUUCACCGACUGCAAGGCGUUAUGUGAUCAAGCAGUGAGCAGCGGAUCUCCGUACGGCAACAUGCUGAACAGGACGGUGCAGCUUCAGAACUUGGAGCACCCGUGCGCUGAGAGGGUGGAUGUGCAGACGAAGGAGUCUGAGAUGAAGAAAAUCACGUCUCCCGAGUCUGAAGGUGGAGAACCUGCCGUCAGCGUCCAGCUGCCUCCGGCUCUGACCCUCGCAUCCAAAACAGGCAACGCGUCCGUCACCUUCCACACAAACAACAGCCUGUUCCAGGACGGCUACACGGACGUGAAGGUCCUCCGACACGUGGUGGAGAUCAAAGUGGGAAAUGAAAUCAUCUCCGAUCUGUCCGAGCCCAUCAGGAUCGCCUUCCAGCACGAACCUAAGUCUCACUCCAGGAGGUGUGUCUCAUGGGACACCAGGAAGGACCCCUGGCUGGUGAACUGGUUGGGGGACGGCUGUGAGACUGUCCAGAGAGGAGACACACACACCGACUGUCUGUGUAACCACCUGACGUACUUCACCGUGAUGGUGGAGCUGAUGCCUCGUCCGGUGCGCCACCUGCUGGCUCUGACAGUGAUCACCUCUCUGGGCUGCGCCUUGUCGUUCAUCAGCUGUGUGGCUCUCAGUGUUUAUCUCUUCAGGAAAAGGAGGCGGUCCAAGGAGCAGUCCUUCCUCAUCCACCUGAGUCUCUCGGUGUCGGUGGGGAUCCUCAGCCUGCUCUUCUUCCUCACGGGGGUCCUGGCCAACGUGGGGGGUCCGGACGUGUGUGUGUGGGUGGGGGCGCUGAUGCACUACGCCCUGCUCUGCUCCUUCGCCUGGAUGGGGAUCGAGGUCAUCCACACCUUCUGGCUGGUCUACAUGGUCUUCAGCCCCUCGCCCAGACCCUACGUCUGGCUGCUGCUGGGCUUCGUCCUCCCCGCCCUGCCUGUCCUCAUCCUGGCUGCAGUCGGAGGCUUUUACGGCCUGAUGGAGGUGUACGGAGUGGACGAAGCCUCUGAACCAUAUCGCAUGUGCUGGUUUACCGACACUCCUAACUCCUGGCUGGCUCUUCAGGUCAUCAACUGGUCUGUGAUGGGUGUGCUGGUGCUGUCGGGCUCGGUGAUGCUCUUCCUGGUCUACAGGCAGAUCCGGACCCGGGACGAGUGGAAGCAGAAAGGCGUGGCCUUCCUCAGCAUCUGGGGCCUGAGCGUGCUGUUCGGGAUCCCCUGGGUCCUGGCCAUGAUAACCUACGGCCCGGCUGCAGACGCCAUGCAAUUCCUCGCCUGCAUCUUCACAGCGUUCCAAGGGUUCUUCCUCAUGCUGAGGUUCCUCAUGCUGGACUGGAUGAGGAAGCAGGCCGGGGGCUCGGUUAUGGGCAGCAGCAGCACCGGUUCCACCCGGCAGCACAUGCUGCAGGCCCAGGAGAAGAGCUAGAGGCUCUGGAAGUGUACAAAGACUGUUGACGUGCACAUCCAGACGGGACUGUGUGAGAACUUCUGCCCUGAUCAGCCCGUCCUCCGAUGAGCGUUCAGCUGGAGCUCCACUUUACUGUAAAAUAUGAAAUGCUGGAAGUAUUGAAAUCAAAAAAAGGGAGCAAAUACUUGAAACUGCAAUCACUCAGGAGCUGUGAAAACUCGCCUGGAGCCAGAUUCACAGGAAACUCAGAAGGGAAAGAAUCUGAAAAUUAAAGAUAGAUUUAAGCUUUGAUUCCAGUCUGGGAUGAAAAUAAAUGACUGGAGCUUCAUGUGCUGCAAUGUAUUGUGCAUAAAGAGAAACUAGAUAUUAUUACUGAAGAGCUCCUCAAACCUUAGAUAAGCUUUUUUUUCUGGUUUUAUAUGUUUUUUAUAGCUAAUUUUUUAUACAGUAGCACUUUAGUAUUUUACUGUUAAAAUGGUGUAUUUAUAGAACAAUUGUGUUUUCUUAAAAGAAACUUUAGUUUAUUUACGAUCCUACUCACCAUUACUGGGAACCCUGAAGUUUAUCUAAAGAGACUGAAAAGUUCCACUGAGACUGAAAAGUUUUCACUGUUUAGUCAAGAUGUUUCCAGGCACUAUUUGUGUCCACAUCAUAUUCAACCAAAUGGAGAAGGAACAGGAGACAAAACCAUUAAAAUCUGGUUAAAAAUGGCUCCUGUCUAGCUUAGAAGCAAACUUCUCUUGUUCUGAGACCGGAUUCUCUAACUUUGAGGCUAAUCUCUGUUGAUUUAAAACCUGACCUCUAUAAUUUUAAAGAGAACUUCUCUACUUUUGAAGCCAACCUCUUUAAGUUCGAAGCUAACCUGUGUGGCUUUUUUCAGCAGUGGCAGCUGGCCAAUAAAGGGCGCUGUAGGAUUUCUGUUUUAAAAAUUAAAAAAUGUUCGUCUGCUAUGACUGUCAACAGCUAAAAUAAAAGUGUGUUAAACUAAUAAUUAAUGAGUGAAUUUGGUUCUAAAUGUUUGUGCAAUAUGUUAUGUUUUGAGUAAAAUGAUUACUGUUUCACAGACAGCAGCAGACCGCAGCUGUUUGUGUUCAGUUGUUUUGGGAUGGUUCUUGAAAUGGACUUUAAAUAGACAGUGAGUGUAGUUACAUGGCAUUUUUAAUUCAGAAUUGGUUUAUUCUUAAGUAAGUACUUCAGAAUUAUAUUAAUGAGCGUCGUGUUUACAUGGGGAAAAACUAGGAUUAAAUCCUCUCUCACGCCGUGGUCAGUGAUGCGUUCUGAUUGGACAGGCGGCGGCCGUGAUGUACUGACGUCUCCCGGAAGUAAACAGCAUUUUUCUCUUCUUUCUCUCUCAAAUAACUUUGACACUUCAGCUUUGGAAAUGAACGCGUUGUUAAGCGAGCCGCUCAUUUGAUAAUAUCUGAUUCUUCUAAAGCUUUCGUUGAAUAAAUCGUCUCCAUACGAGUCGAAAAGCGGACUGCGGGCCGCCAUCUUGGAAUGUUGCGUCAUCACGACGGAGCAUGCGCAGAAUGAAGUCGCGUCCAAUUAGCGUAUAAUUCCGUUUCCUGAGGAGAAUAAACAUGUCUUCGAAUUUAAGCUUGAUUCUGAAUAAAGUUUUCAGGCGUUUCCUUUUUUCAUUUUAGAGCAGUAUUAGGCUUUAUUCGGAUUUAUAGAGGAAUAAAAAGCCCCAUGUAAACAGGCAAAGCUCAUAAAUCACAGUAUUUUCCACCAGCUGCCACUGCUUUGAGGUGAACUUCUUUAUCUCUGAGGCUAACUUCCUUAGCUUCUGGGCUAACUCCUCCUGCUCUGAGGUCAACUUUCUGUAAAACUCUUCCACAGUGUGUCCAGAAAACUUUCUCAAAACGAGCUGAAGUUUAGGAAAACGUUCCAUAGAAUAAAGUUGUGUUUGUGACUGUUGAUUUCCAGACAUGUCAGACGAGGACCAGCUCCCUCUGAAUGAUGUGCUCAUGUCCUCAUUCCAAACCCUUCAGAGAGUUUUAUGCUCUUCAUCUUUUCGUGUGAGCUUUUAGAAACUGUGAUGUUUGCACUUUUCUGUUUUUGUGACUCAGAUUCUUGUGUAUAUAGCAGAUUAAUAAAACAUUGUUGCUGAGCA